AUGUGUCUUGGUUCCUUCAAGUUUUGGAAGAAACGCCAGAAGGAUCCGGAAGAAUCUCCAACCCAUUCUCGACCACAACUCCAAACGAAUCCCUCUCCCGUCGUCCUCACUGCUUCUGUUGUCCCUGCUGCCUCUAUCGCCUCAGUCGCCACUGUCGCUCCCGUCGAAUCCACGCCCAAUGUCGUUGCCGAACUCCAGGAACGACUUUGGAACAGAGCAUACGAUGAAUUCAAAGACAAAGAAUCCGACCUUGUUACAGCCUACGAAGAAUUGAUAUCUUCAAAAGCCCCGUACAUGAGAGACAAUCAACAAAACAUUACACUUUCGCCGCAGGAGAAAUGGGAUCAAAUGAGGAAGACCGCCGAAGAGGGCUUGCAGACAACAGAGAGAAGUACAGAAAUACAAGGAAAAAUACACGAAGUCUUCGAACUGGCGACCCCUAUAAAGGGAAUAAUAGACCGAAUCAUGCCAUCUGUGCCUCAAGCUCAAGUACCCUGGCUUGCUGUGUCUUUGACAUUUGAAAUAUUCUCCAAACCUUUCAAGGAGCCCGGAAUCAAUCGGGCAGGCCUUUUGGAUGUCAUAUCCAAGAUACAAGAGUAUAUGAGCCUGUCGGACUAUCUUGUGGAUGACAAUGGUCUGCAGUCAGACCUACAUCGAAAACUCGAGAAGGACACCGUUGAGCUCUACAAGGCGCUUCUUUCCUACCAGAUCAAGAGCAUUUACUGUUUUCACAAAAACGAACUCAAGAGAUUUUUCAGGAAUGUCUUCAAAAUUGACGACUGGAGCAAUCAGCUGGACGCCAUCAAAGCCGCCGAGUCGCUUGUGUGGGAGGAUGUGAAGAAGUUCCAGAAUCAAGUAAUGGUCGACCAUCUACGGAAGCAGUCGUCUGACGCGCAAAGCUCUCUCAGGGCGCUCACAGAGAUGUCAAUGGGGAUGCGUCACUUGAUCCGAGACCAACAAGAGAGAGAAAUCGAAAAGGACAACAAGGAAUGCCGGCAACAUCUGAAGCAGACAGACCCUUCGCUUGACAAAGAAAGAAUUCUUUAUACAAAAGGAAACCUUCUUCGAGAGUCGUACGGCUGGGUCAUCGAUCAUCCGCAGUUCCAGGACUGGAAAACAAAUGUACACCACCGUCGGCUAUGGAUCAGAGGGGAUGCAGGCAAAGGCAAAACAAUGCUCUUGUGCGGCAUCAUCGAGGAGUUGGAGAAAGACCCUUUCCAUCGGCUAUGCUACUUCUUUUGUCAAGCCACUGAUCAGAAGCUGAGAGAUGGGAAAUGUGUUUUGCGGGGUCUACUGUUCCAUCUGAUCAAACAGUACCCAUGGCUCAUCUCACACGUUCGGAAGGACUACGACGACAGUGGUGAGAAGCUUUUUAACGACCAUAACGCGUGGCAAGCCCUUCGGAAUAUUUUCCUAUCAGUACUGGAUGAUGAAAGCCUCGACGAAGUCACCAUAAUCGUGGAUGCACUUGAUGAAUGCAUGAUUCAUCGUGAUGAGCUUCUCAAAUUUAUAUGCGAUGUGUCGUCUCGCUCACGUGCGAAAAUUAUUGUUUCGAGCCGCCCUCUUUCAACUAUUCAGAAGGCUUUGCAGGGUGACGGAAGCAACUCAACAAUGCUUGCCCUCGAACUCAAUGAUGAUCUUAUCUCUGAUGCAGUUAAGAGGUUCAUCGACAACAGGGUUGCAAGUCUAGCUAAGACAGAACCGUUCCAACACGACCCAGAAAUUUGUGACGAAAUUGCCAAGCAUCUCACCGACAACGCAAACAAUACUUUCCUCUGGGUAGCAUUGGUUUGUCAGGAGUUAUCAAGUGGCACUGUCCAGCUUAUAAGCCAUGUGAAAGCUAUCCUCAAGAACUCGCCUCCGGGUCUCGAUAAUCUAUACGAUCAGAUGCUGGAGACCAUUCGCAGGGAGUCGAGGGAUUUCGAGAUUUGCAUAGAGAUACUGGCGGCCAACUCGGUUGUAACACGACCUGUGUCUAUAGCUGAACUGCUUUGCAUCCUGGACGCGAACGUCGCCUCUGAACUCAACAUUAUGGAUUUGGAACGAAUCAUCAUGUCAUGCGGCUCAUUCCUCCAUCUGCAAAAGGGGGUCGUCUACUUUAUACACCAAUCUGCUGUUGACUUUCUGCUCACGGACGAGUUGUCUAGGCUUCCGAGAAUCACAGACCGGCAUCGCUCGGUAUUUCUGAACGCAUUGUACACGCUACAGGCAUCUCCCUCGCUUAAACGCGAUAUCUACAACGUGGACGAGCCCGGACUGGCAAGGAAAGAUGUCGAGACGCCCGACCCUGAUCCACUGUUACCCAUCUGUUAUUCCUGCAUUCAUUGGGUCGACCACUUGCGAGAGUAUCUCUUGUCAGAUGGAAGAAAAGAACGUUUGGGAUCAGUACCUGUCCAAGACGUAUCAUUAGUCUAUGCCUUUCUGAACAUCAAGUUCCUGUUUUGGAUCGAGGCUCUUAGUCUACUUCAAAAUGUCCCACAGGCUAUCAAAUCAAUCCAAAAUCUACAAAUGCUACUUGGUGGAAAGUCAAGCUCAGUAGAGCAACCGAUCAAGGACUUCGUACAUGAUGCAAAUCGAUUCCUGCUAUAUCACAAAUACUGUAUACAAGAGUAUCCACUUCAGAUUUAUGCUGGAUGUCUCGUCUUUAGCCCGAAAGACAGCAUCGUAAAGAAUUGCUUCCAAUCACAUGCGCCGAAAUGGGUUACAGUAGCACCUGGUCUGGAUAGGACAUGGGAUGCAUGUUUGCAAACUCUAGUUGGACACACAAAUCCAGUGCUCUCUGCGAUGUACUCUCCUGAUGAUCUGUGGAUCGCCUCUGCAUCCGAAAAUGGCGUCAUCAAGUUCUGGGAUGCGGAGAGCGGCACAUGUAUUCACACAGGUGGACAAUUGAUCCCAGGUUUUGACCGUUACGGGGUAGAAAAUAGUUAUGUGUUUUCAACCGAUGACGGAUCGUUUGUUCGGGGAUCCCGAGAUGGCAACGUGGAGAUUUGGGAUCCGUCGACCGGAAAUAUCAUUUCCAAACACCGGGCACACAAGUUCACAGCCACAAACAUGGCAAUUUCAUCAGACAGUUCGACUUUCGCCUAUUUCAUACAUGAAAACACCGUCUUGAUCUGGUAUAGGAAAAACGAGAUCUCUUCUCGCGAAUUUUCAUGCUCCGAAACGGUGCGCUCCUUGGCUUUGAGUGCUGGCGGUGAAUGGCUUGCCAUGACCACCAUGCAACAAUGUAUGAUCUGGAAUACUUUAAAUGGCGAUCAUGCGUUGUUGGGUACUGGUGAUAGAGCCUUGAAGACUGUUUGGUCAAUGGGCGGGCAAUGGCUUGUAACGCUCAGCGAAUAUCACUUCAUUGAUGUCUGGGAAAGGCAAGCUAGUCAAUGGAGUUCGAAAAUCAAGUUCUUCGUCAAGGUGUCGCAUACAUGGAUUUUCGUCGAUAUGGCUCUAUCAUCCGACGCAAAAUUGCUGGCAGUUGCAUCUUUGAGCAACAUCUCCGUCUGGAAUACCGAAACAGGUGCAUUGGUAUGGGCAACACACAUGAUGAAAGACCACAUUAUUUCGAUAUCGUUUUCCAAUGAUAGCCUACGACUCCUAACUGGACUUGAUGGAAACGAGAUCAAAGUUUGGGAUCUAUCAAAGGAUGUAGAGAUAAAGCAGACGCCUUCUAACGAAGGUCCACUUUCUCUCCGCUGGUUUGAUGCGAAUCGCUUUUCGGUAUACUCUUCUGGCAUACGCGAGUACAGGCUAUAUGGUAAAGACACAUCAACGAGAAUCCACUUGGACUCUACGGCAAUCGCUUCAAUCGCUUCAAUCUCACCAGACGGCCAGCAGGUUGCAUCGGCUUCUACAGGGUUCCCAAUUACAAUAUGGGACGCCUUGACUGGCAACAUUGUCAGGCAGUUAAAGCAUAAACCAGAAGAGGCUACCUUUGGAUCUCAGACCUACCAGGAUACCCAGGAGCAUGAAGUUCAGUGCUCAACUGAUAAUGCAGCCAACACCGACCCCAGACAGACUAGGAAGAACUCCGAACAUGGGUCUGUUUAUACAGAUGAUUCGAUGGAUUCAUCGGGUUCAUCGAGUUCAUCGGGUUCUGAACAAUGGGAAUAUCCCGAGGCAUUAUCAUUUGACAAUACCGUUCAGCUCGCAUCAAGUGUUUCAGGAAUAAUCAGGAUUUGGAACACUUCCGAUGGAACUCGUUUAAGAACUCUGGACGCUGGUGACUGUUACAAGAACGACCUUAUGGUCUUUUCAAAGACGGGGCGACAACUUGUUGUUCAAUCUUACACUCACGGGUUCAGUUUUACAGCAAUCAAUCUAUGGGAUACGGUCAAUGGUACUUGUUUGUCGAUAGGACCUCAAGAUAGACCUUUUAUGAACAUCGAGGCUUUCAGUUUCUCACCGGAUAGUCUGCGGCUUGUGGCAACUGCAGGUAGCCCCGAAGGCCGUGUCAUAUAUCUAUGGGAGGUAAGCUCGGGAACCCUUUUACGCAAGUUCGAUUUCGAGAAUAUCAAGCCAUUUCAUGCCCAUUUUGACAAGGAGAAAGAGCAACUCUUACAUACCGAAUAUGGAUCUUUCGACACAACUACAAAUACUGAAGAUGCAAGAGUUAUGCUGAAAAUGGGAAGCUUCUUUCGCGGCUACGGUCUCAGCUACAGUCCCGGACACUGGAAUCGCUACAAGUGGAUCGUGCGGAACGGCAAACCUGUGUUAUUUAUUCCUGAUGAUUAUAGGUACGAUUACGAUGAAGAGAUUAGUCCUGUUAUAGAUGGUAUGAGAAUCAUUUGGACGAGAAGAGGACGAACUCCGGUACAAUUGUUAUUUACUGCACAGGACUGA